ACAAUAAAUGCCCCAUUUUGGAAAACAGCGCGGCGUCUUGUUCUGUCUGUUCUGUUGAAAGCGAAAAAACGGAAAAGUGUGAGCAGCUAGCAGACAGGUCCUAAUCUAUUUUAUAUCAUGGCAGAAUAUUUGGCUUCGAUUUUUGGAACAGAAAAGGAUAAAGUUAAUUGUUCAUUCUACUUUAAAAUUGGUGCAUGUCGUCAUGGUGACAAGUGUUCUCGCUUGCAUAACAAACCUACGUUCAGUCAGACUAUACUCCUACAAAACAUGUAUCAAAACCCACAAAAUCAAGCAACAGUACAAGAUGGCACUACAGCUGCUAAUAUUAUGAGUGAUGUGGAAGCGCAAGAACACUAUGAUACCUUCUUCGAAGAUGUUUUCCUGGAACUGGAAGAAAAGUAUGGUGAAAUUGAAGAAAUGAAUGUAUGUGACAACUUGGGCGAUCAUCUGGUUGGUAAUGUUUACGUGAAAUUCAAGUUUGAAGAAGAUGCUGAAAAAGCUGUAAAUGAUGUCAAUAAUAGAUGGUAUAAUGGUCAACCAAUCUAUGCUGAGUUAUCUCCGGUCACGGAUUUCAGAGAAUCGUGUUGCAGACAAUACGAGAUGGGGGAGUGCACACGUGGUGGUUUUUGUAACUUCAUGCAUCUAAAACCCAUCUCAAGAGAACUUAGACGCCGAUUAUACGGAAGACGACGGGGCGGUGCGGGCGUUGGAGGUGGUGCAUCAAGUGGACCAUUAGUACGUCGUGGAAGAUCCAGAUCUAUUUCGCCAUCACCACCCAGACGAUCUCGUUCAAGAUCACCACGACGACACCGACGCAGACGAUCAAGAAGCAGAAGCAGAUAACCUCACUUAGAUUCCCAAUUUGAUGCUUUUCCGACCGACGCCUUCUUUGUAUUGGUACCACAAAGUAAACUUUUCAGAAGUUUUUUUAUGGUGUAAAAAUGUUUCCUUGAAGACUGAAAACUGCUUUUA